AUGGGUGACGAGCAUCUAUCCAAGCGACUCUUCCAAGGCGAUUUCGCCACGGGCGCUCACCGGCAAAGCGAACAAAAACGACACUACAAGGACACUUUAGGGUAAGGGGAUACCAUACUAACAGCACAGGUACUGGCCAAAAGCCCAUACACGCUGCGCCAUGCAGCGGCAGAAUAUCGGCGAAACACAUGUUUAUGGGCUUUUGGCUAGUACGUGUGCUGUUAGUAUGGUAUCACUUUACCCUAAGGUAUACUACUAGCUGCUUGUCAGCAGUUACUGAAUAUUACGUGAUUACCCGCUGUGGCUGAUGGACUUCGGCCCAAAUAUUCAUACAUAACAUUAUCGGUCUUAGCUUAUAGACCUUGAAUAAACUGAUCUACUCCAAAUUCUGAAUGACACCGUCCAUCCCCUUCAUAAUGAGUUAAUGGCUGCGAAAUCCUUACGCCCCAUGCGUCGAUGCUUCCCCCACAUCCCUUGUCGCACUUCGGCUUAUCAGAAUUCCAUACUGCCAUUUCUAGCCCGGUAUCUCACCUGCAAAGAUGCUGAAAAACAAAAGCUAAAACUCGAUCUUGCACCUUAGAGUCCUUUUUUCUUCAUAUAUAAUUAUGUCCACCUGUCCAAUACCUGUUAAUCUCUAUGGUAAUCACUGUGUACAGGAGAACCGUUUUUGCUGAAAGUUUUGAAUGUUAUUUUCAAAAUAAAGCAUUCCUCUCUCUUUCUCAAGUUCGUAGAUAAUUUCCGAUGAAGUUAAAAAACGACAACUACAAGGACACCCCGACAACCACUCUCAGUUAUCAGCAGCCAUGAGAACCUCAACCAGGAUUGACCGUCCUACAGGAGGGCAGUGCAGACUGCAGCAGCAAUCUACGUAACCAGCCGGACCACCGCUGCCAAGACCAAGAAAUCGGCUCGCCAUUCUCAUUCGCCUCCGACCCACAACACAGAACCCAGUCCCUCCAUAAUGUCCGCAGCGUCAACGGAAAUUACGCGCACGCAUCAGUCUCGUUGGACACCUUCGGGCCCAAUACAACAACAACACGAUAACUCCACUGACGUCCUCCACAAACGCCCCCAUCGUCUAUCCAUGUGACAACCCACACGCGCCCACGAUCACGACCAGCGAACGCACUCCCGGCGCCCUGCCGCCUCUCGUCACUACCUCCGCCAUAACUGCCGUAACCCCUACGACGACUAUGAUUACCACUUACAUCGGCAGUUCAACCGUCGUUACCUACGAUGGCUACCAUGUGCUCCACAGCAUGAUGAGAGCAAGAACGGUGACUUGCGCGUGAGGUAAAGUGAUGGUAAACUUGUGAUGCAUUCAACGCACCACAUCCUCCUCUACCUGGAUAGGCUAACAAGACAGUCAAGAAGAUUGGAGGCGGGAGAGGGUACAGGCGUCCUGCACGGGCAAAGCCCGCACCUGGGUGUAUCACCACACCCCUCGGUCCACAAUGGACACCUACCAGGGUUUUAUACCACGACAAAGUGGAGGUGACACGAUCCAAAUUGGCACGGCGUAAGCCUGCAACUGGACAUGGCAAAAGAUCCCAAUAUUAGCACUCGUUAUGGGUUCGCAUUCACGAUAACACCUACCGGACUCUGGUCUGGCCCCUAUGUCGGUCUAGCGCAUGUACCGCGUGGCCUGUUUCAGGGGUGUGUCGCUCUCACCGCCAGCAAGAGCACUCCGACUUACCGCCAACCACAAACAUCACCAGCAUCACCACCAUUAGCAAUGCGCACUCGAUCUCAACCUGUCCAUACUGCGAUCACCCCUGCACAUCACGCAUCAGCCGGAUCGGUCACUUGAGAAUCCAUCACACUGAGACUGGCUAACUAGUGCCUACGGCACCAACAUACGCCCCUCACCCUCGCCUCAACUCCCCGCACUGUCCACACACAUUCAGUCAUCGCGAGGGCUUACUAGAUCACCUUCGGCUUCAUAAACCCCUCCCUCCCCGGCAAACCACGGCAGAAUAAAUCCCAUCAUCACACAUUUCGCAACCAACACACAACAUACAAACGCGUCCUACAUCAUCCACCACAAGGACGGAGUAGGCGCCUCUUACGCAACUGGGAAGCGUGUUAUUUAACGUAACCUGGCGCCAAACCAAGUCAUGUGUGUUACGCGCUGACGGUCUUUCGAAGCUCUGUCAGUCACUGGGCUAAAUCCCAACACCAGAUCGCUGAGAGGCUCGAACAGUGGACUGGUGCCUGGGAGAGGGAAGCGAGGGUGAGGUCGACUCACAGGAAUCGGUCUCUACGACACCCGGCACAUAUUCCUCAUUACAAACUAUCUGACCCACUUCUAAAUUAUGACGGUGCCGUGUCUUGGAGUGCUGUCAGUUACAAAGAUCAAUAAUUUCCCUCAGGACGUAUAUUUGGCCUGCGGUGUGUCCUCCUUUGUGCCCCCUCUAUUAAACUCUCACGCAUGCGCGUCCCGGGCUGCCCCCCUUCGCGUGAAGACCGCGUUCGGUGGGUUGAAAGAUCGUGUGUGGCACGCGCAGACGCGCUCCUUAACUUUGUCAACCACUGCACCCGAUCUGUCCUCCGAUCUUCUUGCUCUGUCAUGAUACGGGGAUCAGAUGCGUGCAGGAGGGGGAUUUUGCUGCAGAUGUCGUACAAGUCUGUUGUCAGUAUGAUCUUCUUCACAUCCAAGAUCCCGUCCCUGAGUUCAGCAUGUUGUGGGACGCACGAUAGACAUCGUCGUCUGCGACGGUCGGACUGACGCGUAUCGUAGGUUUUUAUCACUUAUGAACACUCCCGGUGGCGGGAUGCCGGAGGAGUUACGGGUGCUGUUCUUCGAAAAAUUACUGCAUAUAUUAGCCAGCACUACUAAUUAUUUUACAAGUAGCAUGGUCUAAUCCUUAGAAUACAUCACCCUAAUGUUGUUGUUCUAGAGGAAGGCUGAUGCCCUCAAAUAUUUCUUGGAGAAUGGGGCCGCAUGGGGCACGUUUUGAAAGCCCCUUCCUCACUCUGUUCGGUUGGCCCAUCAGUCCAUAUGGGCGGGGUGAACAUUUUGCCACUAGGGUUUUCGCCAAAAUUCAUGCAAUUUACAUUAGUGCAACAAUCCAUUGGUUCGCCGACAAUAUGCCGUCAUAAUCGACAACGAAUAGUGGCAGUGGUUGAAGGUUGCGUCUUCAGCCCCAACGGGGAUUUCGUUGGCAUGUGUGUCGAAUAUGGGAGAGCAGACGCGAGAGUCCCCAAUUUCCGACAACUCAAAGGUUCCCGAAUCAUUAUUCAGGGAGAACGAAUUGGGCUGGACAAGCAGCGAAUUAACAGAGGGCGUGAGACGAACAGAAAGGAUACAUGAGUAAGUAGUCACGCUGGCGGUCUCGGGGAGGGGACUGUCAGAUGUGUGUAAUGGUCUUCGUGGGAGGUUUUCGAGAUGGUGAUAUACCGUAGGUAGUUUUAAUCCCAUGACUUUCACUCGUUCUGCAAUCCAUUGUCUUCUGCCUGAAGACCACUUUGGUCGCAUUUAUGCUUGGAGGCCAUUAUAUUUAAUUCACCGGUGAGGGCUACUUGCAUGGAAACCAGUCAAUGACCGGAUGAUGUACGUGCGACUGAAGGGUAUCUUUACCAACAUCUCCGUUGUCCCAGGGUUUGCACCAAAAUCAGCUUCCGAAUGGUCGGACCGGACCCGGCCACUCUCCAAACAGUCACUUUAUUGGCUGUUCUCGGUUUGACUCUUGACGCACCAGUAGUGAGGGAACGCGGAAAUUCGCCGAUCAGAACCAACUGUUUGUCUCCAUCACGUACUUCCCGGCUCGCCACAAAUACCUGAUUACCUGAUUGCAAACGAUGGCCAUGCGGUCAGUCAGAUCGACCGCAUUACAGUUAGUUCGAGGUUGUGCGGCUAGGUUCACGGUGGCAGACCAAUGUGUCGUGGCGGAACUGGUAUCGCCCGUGAGUCAGGCAAUGUUCUAGUUCGCAUACGACGGAAGGUUUAUUUUUCACCAACACCCAAAAUGCCACGCGCGAGGCGCGUUCGUGUCGCAAAACCUCGACAAUCAGGCACCGCUGUUGGCCUAAAUAGAGAAAUCUGGUUCAUUUUUAUGACCCAAACUAACGGAGAAGGGAGCAGCCAAUGGUCACCAUUGAAGUUAUCAGUCUAAGGGGCAGUUAAGAGAAUUCCUGGAUUCACCCAGCGACAGCAUUGACUAGAGCAGCAGAAGAACCUUGCAAUUAUCUGUUCAGACAGUUUGAAAUAGUUCCUGCAACGAUGAUCUCGGCGUGACUGACUUAAAUGGCCCCCUCAACAGGACACGAUACCAAGAACUGCCUGCAAUACGGGUGACUUUAAGACAACUUCCAGUGGAAUUAGGGUCAGGUUUGAGGUUACGUUAGGAUCAAGUCAAGGAUUAGAUUUAAGGCUAGAUUUAAAGUUUAGGGUAAGUCAGGAUUGAGUUUAGGGUUAGGGCAAGCACUAGUAUUAACUUCAGAAUUAAGGUUUAGGGUAUGGAUAGGGUUAACAUUGGGGCAACAGUUUAGUUUUAUAUUAGGGUUAUUUUUGGGGCUAGGACAUAAGAAUAUUUUGUCCCUACCAGAAUUAUGCGCAGAUCCUUUGCAUGGGAGUUUUAGUCCUCUCCAGUUUAUUCAGUGUCACGCAACCCUCUUCGCGGGGAAGUCGCCGGUGCAAUACCGAGCCUGCACAGCGACAAGGCGCCCAGAGAGGAUAAUAUUCCCCUAGAUCUACAAAUAUUGUGUCGACACUCACGCCCUGGCUCCAUGAGGUGAUUGAGUAAGCGUGGGAUAAUGGGGUCGCCCCUGAUGACUGUGAAUCACACGUCUUGGUGUCUGUCUUAGAGAAGGGAGAUUAGACAAUCGUGAGAACUACCGCGGUACACAUUUCCUUGACGUUGCUGCGAAGGUCUUCGAUGCUGUCCUUAUCAAACGAUUUCAGGGUGUGCGUGACUCUAGGACGAGGUCCAACAAACCGGGUCCCGAGCCGUCUGUGGAUGUGUGAACCAGAUAUUCACACUGCAACGCAUUCGUACAUUUCCCAUGGCAACCAGCGAUCGAUGGCCGUCAGUUUUGGUGACUUCGUCUCUAUGUUUGGUUCCGCGGAAACAUCGUGAGUUCCUGUGGCGGAUGAUGCAACUGGAUGGUACGCCUGCAAAAAUAGUCGCCAUGAUCAAAGCCCACCACCGUUCCUCUACUGCGCGACCUCUGGUUCGCAACAAUCUGUUACAACCGUUCCAUAUUCGGUCUGGCGUCCGACAAGGGUAUAUCCGGUCGCCAUUCUGUUCGACUGCAUCAUUAACUGGAUUUUUCAGAACGGCUCCACACGAAGUUGACGGUGUCGAGUUUGAAACCCGCACAUCAUCUGAGUGGUCCCAACUACGCUGACGACAUCGCCUUGCUAGCCUCGAGUUUUGGUGGUAUACAGUUUGCAGUGUCAUGGGCGAACAAGUUGCUCGAUCCGUAAGUUUACCCAUGAAGGCUUGGGAAGACCAUAAUGCUUUCAAGCUGUAUACCUGACCAGGAGAAAGCACUCCUCGGAAUUAGUGGCUGUCAACCUGAAGAGGCGGACAAUUUCAAAUACCCCUGGACGAGGCUGUUGCCGAAUGGACAAAGUACCGAAUCGACGCAGCCUGCGGGCUUCCACAAUUCUUAGAAUGUGUCUUUGGACCCGACGCCACAUCUCCAUCACCAUGAAGAUCCGCGUGUACCGUGCAUAUGUUUGACCAGUCCUCCUCUAGGGUUGCGAAUGCUGGAUUGUGUGCGUGGGAGAUGAGCGAAAACUGUAGAUAUUUGACGACCGCUGCCUUAAGGCUAUCCUUCGAGGAAAGCAGGUCGACUUCUCUUCAAAUCGGGUAGUACGCACUCGUUGCGACAACAUCACGAUGGUAUCCCAGGUCAUCCGAGGAAUACGACCGAGGUGGCAUGAGGGCGUUCCUCGUCGUCCGCCUCAUGAGCCUUAGACAUGACUGCUUGGCCAGCCUCAAAACGUCAAAGGAAAGGCCAAAUUAAAAUCAGGGUGCACACAAUUCGUCAGGGCAGAGGUGCCCUGCCAACACAUGGCCCCGGGGGCCAGACGGGGCUAGGCCCCGUCCAAAUUUCCAUCCUUUCUAAUCACGUCAUUCUGCAUUAAUUUGGACUGUUUGAGCUUUAUUAUCGUGAAAUAUAAGCCUUUUAACUUGUUUAAUGUGGUUUCAGUCGUAUAACAUCCAGAGAAAUUCAUGUUUCACGAAGGCCAAUAUUGGCCUUGUUUAAGUCGGUCAUGUACCUACCCACGUGGACGACACUUUUACGCUGACAGUGUGCACACCUGAUCCAUCCAGCUGCUUGACUCCUGAUUCUUCCUUGGCUCUUUUUGACUGCAGUACGUUAUUCAUUUACUUAUUUAUUUCGUCUAUGCGAUGCAAUAUGUCAUUGUACUAAGUAAAUGCUUUAUUUUAGUCUCCAGAAUCGUAAUUUAAGUUAUUUAUAAGAAUGGCACGUAAUCUGACGGCUUGAGUGUACUAUAUAGCGGUCUAAUAUACGUUAAUGGUAUUUAUAUGUUAAUUCUAAGCAAAUAUGGAAAGAAAAUACUGGGGACUUCAUCGCAGUACAAUGCACAACAUGACUAAGCGGGCGAAGAUGGCGUACUAUGCCGCCACCGAUGACCCCUCGCUCCCAUCUACGUCAUCCCUCGUAACGGAGUCGUCCCCCGAACCAUCGAUGCCGCACCUUAGCCCUGAGGUAAGCAUUGGUAGGUGUUAUAUGGUAUGCUAUAAGGCGAUGUAGACGAUGACCAGGUUGCAGAUGACAGCUCGAACCCGUUCAGUGGCAAUUGCUUCUUGACAGAUUUGAGGAAAUUCUGCUUAAGUGUCCAACUACCGCAGGCAACAUUCAAGUUGUUGUUCCAAAUGUUGCGUAAAUACCACCCAGAGGUGCCCAAGGACCCGCGAACUCUCAUGCAGACACCGCGAGCUUGCGUUACUGAGUCCCUCUCUAACGGCAGCUACGUCCACCUGGGCCUUAAACGCGGUCUGUUAGAUGAGCUUCAACUUCGACCGUCGGCUUUGUUCCCGAAAAUACGGGUUCAACUCCACAUUGACGGAAUGAAGCUAUUUAAAGGGUCUGGCCAGUGUCUAUGGCCAAUCCUCGGUCGAGUCAGCUAUCCUGUCCGUGGACUGCCGUUUGUUGUUGGAGUGUUCUCUGGUUCCGGCAAGCCUGAGCCUUUGGAUGUAUUUCUUGGCCAGUGCAUCUCAGAACUGAAGGAUAUUCUGACCAGCGGACUUCAGGUCCCGGAUACGGACGCUGUAGUUAGAGUUGAGCUGGCCAACGUCAUCUGCGACACACCUGCUCGGUCCUACGUCCGGCAAGUAAAAGCGCAUAAUGGCUAUUAGGGCUGCGACAGGUAAUUGCUAUAAUCGACGAAAAUGUAAUCCUCCUAAGUGUUGUCAUAUGGGUAGGUCCGUGGCAAACCGCAUGAUCUUCCCCGUACACAGCGGGCGUCUGCGGGAUGACAGGUCAUUCCGCACGAGAAGUCAGGAGCAGCACCAUAAAGGCACCUCACCUUUCGAGGACUUGCCUAUUGAUAUGGUUGCUACGUUUCCAAUUGACUACAUGCACCUCGUUUGUCUUGCGGAAGCUCCUACAUAUGUGGCGGCUCGCAACGGGGAAACAGUCAAUUACUGUUACUGCGUCCAUUAAACAAUGCAGUCAAUGUCUGCCUGCUGAAUUUUCCCGCAAGUGCAGACCUCUUGACUGUCUUGAAUACUGGAAGGCUGCAGAAUACCGGCAGUACAUCGGUCCUGUAGUCCUAGCUAACUAUCUUGAUUCCUCCCAUUAUGAACAUUUCCUUCUUUUGUUUGUUGCCGUUUUUAUAUUUUCCCAUCCCAUUUUGCAUAAAUCCCUCAUUGAUUUUGGACGUAUGCUAUUAGAUAAAUUUGUUUCUGAUUUCCCAAUAUUGUACAGUCCUGCAGAUCUUGUUUGUAAUGUUCAUAGUUUAGUCCACCUCCAUGAGGACGUUAGUUGUUUUGAGUUUUGGACAAUUUUUCUGUCUUCCCUUUCGAAUCUUUUUUACAAACCCUUAUCGGUACCAUCAAGGGUCCCAGUAAUGUAGCCGCACAGGUGUACAAACGUUAUUCUGAGAGACGUUUGCCUGAGUUGCCAACUAGCUCACUGCUGUUGGACGACGAUGAGGGGGUACCACGGUCGUUUCAGUUGCCGCGCAGGUCGACCGCUAUUCUUCACAAUGGCUACGUGCUGUCCACUGAGGCGCCUGAUAACGUCGUGCUUAUUGGUGAGCGACCGUGCGUACUGACAUCUGUGUCGGUUUCCGAACUAACAUACCGCCCCUUCGAGGACUGCGUCGACCUUUUUACCACUUCUGUUUCUUCUUCCCGUUUGUUUAUUUUCAAAGCCUCCCGUUUUUCCAGUAGCACCAACACUGCCUCCCUUACUGACAUUACUUGUAAAUAUGUUUGUUUCAAUGUUGACGAUUUGUUUUACUUAAUCCCCCUGUUGCACACCUUCCAUCUACAAUGACUUAAUUUCCACGUCCAUCCCCCAUCAACAAAACCUCUCUGCAGAUGUAUUCAGUUGUCCAGUUUGUGUGCGAUGACUCAUUGGCCGUUGUUGCCAACUCGUGGUUGGUUGGGGAUAACUUAGUUGCCUGGCCAAAGGACCGGGAAUUGCAGCGUCUGUUGGAGGCCGAUCGACGGCCAACGGACGGCGCAAGGCUGUAUGAAGUUAAAGUACUCAAGGACGGCCUCGAUCUCGAUAAGGCGCGCCGGAUAGCCCAAAAGGCCGAACAUACGGAUCACCUGUCAUCGUCAGAGCCGGAAAGAUUAGGAAGAGGCAUGCGGACAAAGUACGUUGCCAAAACACUACUUAUUUUUUCAUAGAUUUCCCCGAAGACUAACUUCCGAUUCGGAAGAGGACGACAAAAUACAGGAGAUACGGAAGCACACAGACCGACGGCUAGGCCCGUGGCCCGCACCUCCGGCUGUACUCCGGUAGGUCUCAUUGGCUUAUCCGAACUUCAGGCCCACAAACGAUAAUGUUCCGGCUACCUCCUAUUCUCCACGAAGAGAAGGAGAAAGAACAAGUUAUCAGUAAUCAUGCCUUAUUACAUUGUCGCUUUAGGUUGCCGGACGGGGAGAACUUGGCGCCUGAAAUACGAAACUUGCUGAAAGAAAUGAAGCAAGAGUUGGCAUGUCAAAGGUAAACCGAUUAAAACCCGUUAAUAUCGUAUAGGAAAAAAUUGGACUUCAUUUUAGAGGAAAUGGUCUGGGUGAAGACCCAUAUACAAAAUAUCGAAGCUAAGCAAGCCGACAAUCGUCGAGCGUUGCAAGCAGUCAGCUUUGUUUCCAAAGUGAAGCCUCCCCUUCUACAACUGCCUUUGCGGACUGCCGAGGCGUAUAAAGACUUUCUGACGAAAAUUGGAUCGGACAAUGAGCUAGCGCAGGAAACGGUAUGUAAACAAGCUUGGACACUCAUUACUGCUUAUAGGUAAAGCCGUUUAGUAAUACAAAAUUAUUACUUAAUUUACUAUUAUGAAGAAUUGUUUAUUAAUGUUUUUUUUAUAGGAGCCUGCCGUGGAUGAAAACUUCCGGCAACACAACGAUGCCGUGUAA